AUGCGGAUAGUGGGCGGGUCCUUGGCGGUGGAGGAUCAGUGGGGGUGGCAGGCCAGUCUGCACUGGAGGGGCCAGCAUGUCUGUGGGGGGGCAAUAAUCACCCCCCGCUGGAUCAUUACCGCCGCCCACUGCUUCGUAGAGUUCGAUAUGAUGCUGGAAUCUGAUUGGCAGGUGGUGAUCGAUACGAUCGUGGUGACGCAUGGAAAACGAUACAACACCCUGCGGAUUUACCCCCACCCUAAAUACACCCAGGAUACCAACGACUACGACCUCAGCCUCCUGCUCACCGACUCCGACAUGAGGAUGGGGGAUGGCGUGAGACCUGUCUGUCUGCCGGCGUAUAAACAGACCUUCCCUGCCGGCUCCUCCUGCUGGGUGACUGGGUGGGGCUACACUCGGGAAGGAGGUACCGUGUCACCGCAGUUGCGUCAGGCGCUGCUGCAGGUAAUUGAUCAGGUGGUCUGCGCCGGUCCGGCGGUCUAUGGGUCCUACCUUACUCCCAGAAUGCUUUGCGCCGGGAGCAUGGAGGGAGGCGUGGACGCUUGUCAGGGAGACAGCGGGGGUCCUCUGGUCUGUCAGACGGCUGAUGGUGAUUGGAGGUUGGCGGGCGUGGUCAGCUGGGGCGAGGGGUGUGGCCGACCCAACAAACCAGGUGUUUACACUCGAGUCUCUCACCUGCUGCAGUGGCUCAACCAAUACAUACAGGAUGAAGAUCCAGGUAGAACCAGUGGAACCACAACAGAACAGAACGACACAUUCUGACCCGUUUUUAUUAUUUAAUUUAUUUUCUAAUAAACUUUAUUUUUCUUACACUGA